ACACUUGACCUCUCAUGGUGCAAUAAGCUAGAGUCCCUUUCAGAGAGUCUUGGAAGCCUAAUAAACCUUCAAACACUGGACCUCUCACAAUGUCGUAACCUAAAGUCCCUUCCAGAGAGCCUUGGAAGCUUCACAAACCUUCAAACACUAGACCUCUCAGAGUGCAAUAAGCUAGAGUCCAUUCCAAAGAGCCUUGGAAGCCUCAAAAACCUUCAAACUCUAGACCUCUCAAAAUGCAAUAAGCUAGAGUCCCUUCCAAAGAGCCUUGGAAGCCUCACACACCUUCAAACACUAGACCUCUCAUGGUGUAUGGAAUUAAAGUCCCUUCCAGAGAACCUUGGAAGCCUCAAAAACCUUCAAGCACUCGACCUCUCAUCCUGCUAUAAACUAGAGUCCCUUCCGGAGAGCCUUGGAAGCCUCAAAAACCUUCAAACACUUGACCUCCAAGCCUGCUGGAAACUAGAGUCCCUUCCAGAGAGCCUUGGAAGCCUCGAAAACCUUCAAACACUCAACCUCUCAGACUGCUUAAAACUAGAGUCCCUUCCAGAGAGUCUUGGAAGCCUCAAAAACCUUGAAGCACUCGACCUCUCAUCCUGCUAUAAACUAGAGUCCCUUCCAGAGAGCCUUGGAAGCCUCGAAAGACUUCAAACGCUCGGCCUUGCAAGCUGCUAUGAACUAGAGUCCCUUCCGAAGAGCCUUGGAGGCCUCAAAAAUCUUCAAACCCUUGACCUCCAAACCUUGUGGAAACUAGAGUCCCUUCCAGAGAGUCUUGGAAGCCUCGAAAACCUUCAAGCACUCGACCUCUCAGACUGCUGGAAAUUAGAGUUCAUUCCAGAGAGUUUUGGAAGCCUCAAAAACCUUCAAGCACUCGACCUCUCAUCUUGCUAUAAACUAGAGUCCCUUCCAGAGAACAUUGGAAGCCUCGAAAACCUACAAACACUCGGCCUUGCAAGCUGCUAUGAACUAGAGUCCCUUCCGGAGAGCCUUGGAAGCCUCACAGACCUUCAAACACUAGACCUCUCAUGGUGUGUGGAAUUAAAGUCCCUUCCAAAGAGCCUUGUAAGCCUCAAAAACCUUCAAGCACUCGACCUCUCAUUUUGCUAUAAAUUAGAGUCCCUUCCGGAGAGCCUUGGAAGCCUCGAAAACCUUCAAACACUCAAUCGCUCACAGUGCUGGAAACUAGAGUCCCUUCCAGAGAGCCUUGGAAGCCUCAAAAACCUUCAAACACUCGACCUAUCAUUCUGUAAGAAACUAGAGUUCCUUCCGGAGAGCCUUGAAAACCUGAAAAUCAUUAGAAGAGGUUAAGGUUAUGGAUAUGAGAGCAUCAUCAAGUCUUUGGCACAGUGUAUACAACAACUCACCGGUCCCCAGAUGGUACAUAAAUGCGGACAACAGUGAACUAAGGCUGUUGUGUGAACCAGGCUUGCCGCAUCAAA